AUGGUGAACGCGGUGACGGCACAUGAUCAGGCCCAUGAACUUGAAGAGGAUGUGCUUCGACGGCAGAGUAAAGCAGCACACGUUCAGCACCACGCUCCUACACAAUACUCAGGAACAUCCAUGUGGCCGCGACCGUGGACGUCGACGCGGACUGGUCCGAGAGCUUCGCUGAGAAAGAACAUCACCAUCGACCUGGACGAGUACGACAACCCGAUCUGGAUCAUCAUGUCCCUGAACAACGACAUCGUGGCGGCCCCUGGAGAGAUUAGCCACCAUGCUGGUGUCCGUGGGCGAGAGGGAGGCGACCGACACGGACUUGAUCCUCGUCAGCCCCAGGAAUCUGGACGACCUCGUGGGCGGUGUACGAGAGCCUCUACGAGUUCACGCACACCAUCUGGCGCAACCUGCCGCCGACCCGCCGACUGCGAGACGGUGUACGUCAUCAUCUGGAUGAUCAGCGCCGAGUUCAUGAACCUGCCAGGGGCGGCGGAUACGCACUGGUUGGUACCCGCGCGAGGAGGUGACGCCGCCCCGCGUCGAGGUUUUGUCCAGCAACAUACAGAGGUGCACGACCACCGGGCUGCGCGGGGACUACUCGUCGUCCUACGACUUCAAGAGGUCCAUGAUGAUACGUAA